CUCACCAGGGCGUAACUGUUGUCUUCUUUUUUUUAAUGUGAAUACUGGUUCUGUUAUGUUCUGUUGUUUUGCACAAUACCGCAGGCAUUGCCACUUUCAUUUCACUGUACAUCUUAUAUGUGUAUGUGACAAAUAAAGUUGACUUCACUUGACUCCCUCCCUCCUCUCUCUCUCUCUCUCUCAUUGAAGGAGAAUCUUUCCACCUUUUGAAGGAGCAUCUGCAUGAAGUAGGGUCCCCGACUUGAAAUGCUGUUUGCCGAUUCCCUUCAACAGACGCUGCCCGGCCUGCUGAAUCCCUGCAAAUGUAUGGGUUUUGCUAUACAUUCCAGCAACUACAGUCUCUAGUGUCUCCCUCCUAUUGCCUUUAUCUCCUGCAUGAAGAAUAUUGCAUUCAUAAUUACCUGCUGUACCAACAUUUUGCAAGGCAUGGACAGCCAAAUGCCAGGCCCCUCGGCAUGUCAGAGCUCUGCAAACUCCAACCGUUCAUAUACUAUACUUCUUUUAUAUGUUUCUACCAAAUUGCCAAUUUCACAUUUGGCUACAUUGUGCACCAUCUCUAAAAUAGCAGUCCAUUUGCUGAACUUUUUUUUAUCCCAUUGUAGGCUCCUUACUUCCUCCUCAAAAUUUAGCAAGCAACUCCGCUUCCUAUCUUAGUGUUGCCAACAAAUUUAACAGCCAUACAUCCAUCCAUACCCUUUAUAUGGAUUGUAAAAUGCAGAGGCUCCAAUACUGAUUCCUCUGGCAUAUCAUUUGUCACAUCUUGCCGACCAAAAAAAAAGAACUACACUCCGUUUCCUGUUGACUGGGCAAUAUUCUAAUCACAGCAAUCAGUUGCUUCCUACACAAUGAGUUUUGAUUUUCUGUGAUGACUUUUGUCAGAGCACCUUAUUAAAUGCCUGAAAAUCAGAGUACACCCACGCACUUGUUCCUCUUUAUCCACAGCACAGGGUUAGGACAGUUACUGCACAGGACCAGAUUGAUGGGCCGAAUGGCCCUUAUUUAAUUAUACCAUAACCUUGGUUCCAAAGGACUGAUCACAGCAUUAUUGUUCUUGAUGAAUGGAGCGGAACUUACUAUGUCAGAAAACAAAAGAUCCCAUUAUGAAUGUGAAAACUAGUGCGACAUUCGCUGAAAAAUAAAGUAUGGGAACAUAUUUGUUAAAUUAAUCAGUUAGGAAACCAAAGAUUGGGAUAAAUUAAUUUAAAUUCCCCUCUGGUAACUGGGCAAACUAAACUCAGGUAACAGUAUAUCUAGAAUAAAAAGAUACUAUCAACAACAGACAACAUAUGUGAACAUCUAAACAAUUUACUAAUUUGGGAAAGGAAAUCUACUCUCCAUUUCUGAUGUAGUUCAUACAGAUCUUUAGAAGUAUAUGAGAUGGAGAAAGAUAAAUGUUUUAAAGUUUGGAAAUCAAGAGUGCUUUAUUGUCAUAUGUCCCAAAACAAUGGAAUUCUUACUUGCAGCAGCACAACAGGUAUUGAGGGGAUUGGGGAACUGGUGCAGAAGCUGCAUUCAGUAGCUGGGGAUGAGUACAACAACCGGCUCAUUCAGCAUCUGUGGAAGUAAGUGAAUGGACAAAAUUUUGGGUCGGGUUUCUUCUUCAGAGUGACCUGCUGAGUUCCUCCAACAGUUAGUCAUAGACUCAUACAGCAUGGAAACAGGCCCUUCGACCCAACUUGCCCAUGCUGACCAACAUGCCCCAUCUACACUAGUUUCACCUGCCUGCAUUUGGCCCAUAUUCCUCUAAACCUGUCUUAUCCAUGUACCUCUCUGAAUGUUUCUUAAACGUUGCAAUAGUACUUGUCUCAACUACCUCCUUUAGCAGCUUGUUCCAUACACCCACCACCCUUUGUGUAAAAAAAGUUAACCAUCAGAUUCCUAUUAAAUCUUCCUCCCCCUCAUCCAAAAGCUCUGGUUCUCGAUUCCUCUACUCUGGGCAAGACAGCACAUUGUUCCGUUGUUUUCUACUCUAGAUUCCAUCAUCUUGUGUCUCUAAAUAUAAAACUGGUUUGUUUUCUCUUUCCCAGAUCUGACGUAGGGCUUGGACCCCCAAAUACAUUAACUAUUUCUCUUUCAGAGAUAACACCUGAAUGUUUUCACCAUUUAUUUCAUAUUGGCAGCGCAUGUAGUCUUGUGAUUUUCAUUCACCCGGGGAAUAGAUUUUAUUAUUGGGGUUUUAUGAAAUGGAUCAGAAUGAAAAAAAACAAAACUUUUUUUUCCCUCAGACUAUUACCAUCAUGGAACAGGAGGAGGCGUACAGAUCCAGGAAAACCCCCCAACAUGCCUCUCAGUAAAUCCCCCUUUGUACUCACGUCGGAGCCCCUGUAAUUAAAUUCAUAGCCCAACCACACUUGGUGGGGCCGUAAGGUGCCUCGUUUCAUAAGUAUUGAUGCAAAUACACUUGCAACUUUGCACAGAGGACCACCGAAACCUUAAAAAAGCUGGAGCGCGCUACUGGAGAUAGUCUGUACAUCUGAUUUCUUGUAAAAGGAGGGUCUUGGAGGAAAUACCGCCCUUCCCCUCGGCCCAUUGGCUUUACUGUGCGAAACUCUAAGAGCUGUUUGGUGUGUUCCAAUGUCAGUCACGGGAGAGACACUCCUUCCACUGAGUAAACAAACCCACCAACACCGCCUUAAACCCCUGAUAAAAACGGCAUUGUUUGCAAAGUAUUUUUGAUCGGGCAAUUAAAGGACAUUUCAUUAACUAUACGCACGGAGGCGGAAGAGAAACAAUAUAACACUUAGGUGACUGAUACCUGGCACACAGCUACUGAGGCGCGAUGCAGGGGAUCGGGAUGGUCGAUAAAAACAGCAGCGGAAUGCGGCGCCUUAAGCAGUGGCUAAUCGAUCAGAUCGACAGCGACCAAUACCCGGGGUUGGUCUGGGAUGAUGAUCAGAGAAUCACCUUUCGGAUUCCCUGGAAACACGCCGGGAAGCAGGACUAUAACCAAGAGGUUGACGCGUCCAUAUUCAAAGCAUGGGCCGUCUUCAAAGGAAAGUACAAAGAAGGUGAGAAGGCUGAACCUGCCACGUGGAAGACGAGGCUUCGCUGUGCACUCAAUAAAAGCCCAGACUUCGAAGAGGUGACAGACCGUUCGCAACUCGACAUUUCAGAACCGUACAAAGUUUACCGUAUAGUUCCCGAAGGACAGCAGAAAUGUAAAUUCGGCAAUCUGUCCAACGAACAAGGUGAUAUCACUGAUAUGGAUUGUAGCCCACCUGGCUCAGAUGAACUCAUGAAGGAGGUUAUUGCAGAUUAUAAUGGUAUAAUAAAGAGAAGUCAUUCUCCUCCGGAAGAGGACUGUACAAAUCAACCACAAAUAGAUUGGUGGGGCCGACAAAACAUCGAAGACUCUUCCAUGUUAUAUUACGGCAAUAACUAUGCGCCCAUGCAACCCAAUUCAGGUUUUUGCCAAAUGAUGGCCACCUUUUAUUACGGUGGAAUUCCGAUGUCCCGGAUUCCUAUUCGGCGGUCCGACGGGUGUAGGAUCACCGUACGUCACGCCCCCAUCACCAGCGAGGGGCUGGAGAGCAUGGAGCAGGUUCUGUUCCCACCAACGAACAAGAUAGCGAAUCCUCGGCAGCAGCAGGUUACCAACAAACUCUUGACCCACCUGGAGCGCGGGGUGCUGCUACUGAGCAACAACGAGGGCAUCUACAUCAAAAGGCUCUGCCAGGGCAGGGUAUUCUGGAGUGGACCCUGCGCACCUUAUGCCGAUCGGCCGAACAAGCUGGAAAGAGAUGCGAUUGUAAAGCUCUUUGACACAAAGCAAUUUCUUCAAGCCUUGCAACUAUACACAGAGAACCCACAGUGCAUUCCACCGAAUAACAAAGUGAUUAUAUGCUUUGGAGAAGAGUUUCCUGACAUGAAACCCAUGAACAAAAAACUAAUUAUAGUGGAGAUUGAGCAAAUGAAAAGCAAACAGAUUCUGCAAGCAGUUCUUCAGGCAAAGAAUUACGAAAACAUUAACCUUCAGAUUUCCACUGAAUCCGCUGAAGAAAAACUGAUUCUUCACGAACUUUGCAUGAACAGUUACGGCUAUCCAAGACCUGCCUUCAGUGAAAACCAGCAAAUAAGCUGAAAAAGAAAAACUCUCUCUGCAUCAGUGACCUUAGAGACCUGUGUAAGUUGGUAGCAUUAAAGGGAAAGUGCUCGUUGCUGGUUUCCAAUAGCAUUGUUAAGGUACUUAAUCUUUAAUCAUUUUUGUUGCAGUUAUUUUUUUUUGUAACAAUACUUCAUUUUUAUAAAAUAUAUUUUAUACAAGGUUUAUUUUUUACUGUGAAAAACAACUCAAAGGAAUUUAUACAAAAAUAUAGGUUUUGAAUGUAUACCAUUCAUUGCUGUCAGGGCAUUUAUUGUAAAAUAAAUAUUUAUUAUAUAGAGAAUGAUGAGGAAGUUAAACAAUAUUUUCAAUGGAUCAAAAAUAAGUUUAUCAGUUGCAACUUUGUAUAAUUGCUGUACAAUUUUAUUUGUUAUGGAUUUGGAUUUAACAAAAAAAAUCUCCAGCUAUUUGCUCAAAAGCAGGCAUAGGUUGCAUUUCAGGUUGUGUUGUAGUUUGGAGUUACCUUGCAAAAUAUAAAUGCAGAUGUCAGUUGCGAUAGUGCAAGUGCAGCUAUGGUUGAAUGCACACCGGCAUAAAUAUGCCAAAAUACUUGACCUAGCGAGAGAGCUUUGCAUUUUUAUACCACCUUUCAUGAUCACAGGAUGUUGAAAAUAAUUCUCAAGACAAUUGCAAACUUUUAUUUUAAGAGUGUGGUGAUUGCUGUAAUGGAGGAUAUGUCCUUGCCAAUUUGUGUGCAAUCUUGCACAUGCGCUGAUGGUAUGUUUUGGUGAUCCACCUGGUGAUAACUACCCUGCUCUUGCAAGCUAGCACUGUUAGACAUUUGGAUACCUGAAAAGGGCGACUAGACUUUGAUCUAAAGUCUUAAUCAAAAUGGAACAUCUCUAAGAUGCCGCAACUCCAACAGUGUAGCAUUCCUUUGGUAAUAUGUUGACAUGUCAACCUGUAUUUUUGUGCUCAGAUCUGGGGUGGGGCUUGGUAACCAAUCUCUUUGCUCACCAGUUGGCUUGUUACCAGUAAGAAGUUGAUAUGUGAGAGUAGCCACCUAAGCAGCUAUUGAACUUGGUGCCACCCAUAAUAUCAGACAAAUUUGAGCAGUCAUAAAAUGAGCAAAUUCCAUUUUCCCAGCCAAUAUCACUCUGGUUCUACAUUGGAUGCAAUGUAUUUUGCUCUGAAUCACUGGACGCUGCACUAAUAUAUCAAUAGGAUUAAUAGGCAAAUAGCCAACUCAUCAAAAGCUGCUAAGAAUGACUAUUUCUGCACUGGAAUUUUUUUCUUUUCACACCCACCACAUGCGGGUUUUUUUCAACCUCAUUAAACAUGAACACAAUAAAUCUGCCAUCUCCAUCCUUGCUCCUGAUGGCAAAUGCGGAUAUUCUUAAAAAUAGGUCUAUAUUUUUUCCAAUUAUUGAAAUGAUAUUAAUUGGAUAUCAUCUUCAUCAUUGAUGGAUAUUUUGGGUGGAUUGUAUUUGUGUUCACUCCUGUUUAAUUCUUUAAAAGUGCUGUAAAGUAACUGGUUACUUUGAGAUGAGUGCAAUUUUUUUGCACAGAAUGAAAACCCUCAGAUUAACUCCUCCGUGCCUGAUUUUACCUUUAAUGUUUCUGCUAAAUAAAUGCAGCCAUUUUGGACAUACACAAUGGAGUCUUGUUAAAUUAAGCCAUUUAAUCUCAAUGACAAUCCAUGGUCCACACUAGCCUACUCUCAUAUUUCAUGAGUCCCCCAUUCACAUGAAAACACAAUGUAUUGGUGGGCCAGACAGCAUCCGAGUAGCAGCUUCAGUCUGAAGAGCAAUUGCGAUUUGAAUGGUUGCCUCCUCAUUUUCUCCCUGGAUGCUACCUGACCUGCUAAAUUCAUCCAGCACUCAAGACCCGUGUUUAAUUGUCAUAAGUACCAGCACAAUCAAAAUCUUACUUGCAGCGGUGUACAGACUCAAAAUUGGUAUACACACAGAUAAAUUAUAGUAAUUAAAAUAGAAUAAAUUAAUAACCUUAACAUGAGGUAACCAUAAUAUUUAAUAAACUGAUGCCCAUAGUACAACCAAAGACAGUCUUUGUUGACUAUUUUGCUCUCCUUUAACAAUGAUGUCACUCCAACAUUCUCCUAAAAAGUACCUAGACUUCAGCAGUGUUUACCUAAUAAUCAUUUUCACGAACUUAUCUAUUUAUUCUUGCCAAAAAGAACCUAGACUUCAUCACUCCUAAUUAGGAGCUGAAAUGAUUAAUUGCACUGCUCCAAUUCUUUCCAAUCAUGUCUGCUUAAUCCUGCACAAUGUCUUUGUAUUUUCCACCCUCCCCUUUAAACUCCUCUUUCCCACUCUUUGAAGAAGGGUCCCGACCCAAAACGUCACCUAUCCACUUCCUCCAGAGAUGCUGCCUGACCCACUGAGUUGCUCCAGGACUUUGUUUUCUUUUGCAAACCAGUGUCUGUGGUUACUUAUAUCCCAGUUUAAAAAAAAUCUGUAACCUUUGAACUUCAGUUGCAAAUAGAGACUCUUUCACUUCUAACAAUGGGUUGGAAAAUGACUAAUGGAUCACGCAGAGAGACCCAGAUUCAACUUAAUUGAGUUAGUAAGAAUUUAUUAUUAAAUGUGGCCUUUUGCAUUUAAGGAUGUGGUUUGUGUUCCGUUUAUGAACCAGUGGACUUUUGCUGGAAGUAUGGGGGUAACUGGUGCAUCAGAUUUGCUGUGAUGUCUUCCUCUCCCAUAUUUUACUUCUUCAUCAAAGUUCAAACAUGGACAACAACCAUUUAAUGAAUGAAAUAAGGUGUCUGGUGAACCAUACCUUUGCUUCAACAAAUGAAAGAGCCAAUGGAAGCUCAGAAUUAUUAAAAAGAUAACGUCAUGGGUCUCCAUUUUCCCAUGUGCAUGUUUGUACAAAGCAAGUAGCAUGUACAUUCAUAGGUUAAACAUUUAAUCAAUGGUUAUAAUUCACUUUCCAUUCCUUCUUGGGCAUUAUGUUUCAUUAUAUGUGUAUUAGAAUGUUAAUCAUAACUAUUGAUUAAAUAAAAUCAAAAUGGUGCAGUACUUUGCAAAAUGCAAAUUUUGCACUUAAUCUGUGACCCAUUUGCGCAUGGUUUACAUCUGAAAAUUAGCAUGUUAUUAAAAUGAAUUGUGGAAAGGUGUAUAAUCUUGCUGCCAUUUGCUUGAGAGAGAGGCCAUAUUAUGAGUUGGCCAUGCCUUUAAUUAAAGGUUAGAAACAAAGAACUGCAGAUGCUUGUUUAUACCAAAGUAACUCAGUAACUCAGUGGGUCAGGCAGCAUCGAAGGAGAAAAAGGAUAGGUGACAUUUCGGGUCAUGUUGACCUGAAACGUCACCUGUUCUUUAUUCUACAGAGAUGCAGCCUGACCCACUGAGUUCCUCCAGCAUUUUGUAUCUAUCUUCAAUUCAAGGAGCUUGUUUUACUCUUGAACCUGCUGGUUUAAAAUCUAAUUUUGGAUUAAUAUUCAUCCCUUAGGCAAUUCUUCUGGUAUUUUGCUGACCUCUGCAUUUAUAUAAUUCAUCUCUUGCACCAAAACAGUUCAGUUGAAUUGAUACAGGAAUCGAUAUCACUUUUCUUAAGUUUGUUCGCUAGUGUGAUAUAAUCAUCAGUGGGUUGAGGUGAUUUUAAAAUCUGAUAUUGCAAGGGUACUUCUAUUAACCGCUGCAUAUUUGCUUGAAGUUGUUUUAAAACACACAUUUUAGACUGGGGUUUGUGUGGGAGAGGUAGAUAAUAGCCAGGGAGGAUCAUCGUUUGUUGGGAGGGAGGUGGGUGGAAUUAACCCUUGACAUUUGAUGCAGCCAUUGAUAACAUGACAUUUGAGAUUAAAAGAUUUAUUUUUGACAACAAAAUAAUAAAAGAAAAUCUGGAAAAGGCUGGCUCUGAGAUUCAGCCAUGGAUCAGUUAUCAUCUCAUUACACAAUGAAACGGGUACAAGAUUUAUAAGACCGGUUUCUGAUCUAAUUUUCCAACUUGUUAAGCAUAAAGCAUCACUUGAUUGAAACUGGGAUAUUGCAAGCCUUUUUUUCAUAUUUCUUGCCUCAAUGUAUGAACAAUUUUAAAUCUGUACAUUCCAAUGGGAGGAAAUAGAUUUUAUUUUUUGCCUGUAAUUAAGACUGUAAAUAAAAAUUGGCAUGUUCAAGCUCUA